AUAAAUGUCAAAAGCAAAAUUAAUAUUGGUUGUUAAUGUGUAUAUUUGAAUGAUCAUAAUAUCAUUUACAUAAUUUAACUUAGAUUCAGAUCAGACAUGAAUGGAUUUUUGACUGUGGGUACAGUACGUAAGGUAUUAUUUAGAAAAAUAAUGUCAAAACCAGUCAUAACCUCGAAAAACUUCGGAUGCCAUUCUAUUUAAUUCCUUUAAGAGUUUUAACUAUGUGAUGUAUAUGUAGUUUAUACGACAGUUGUAUAUUUAACACGUUACAAUAUUAUCGCAUACGAUCAUUUACAGUUCACAUUGAUAAAUUAAGAAAAAGUACUGUCAACAGCGUUAUCAGUUGUACUGAUAAGGAGUUUUGAUCAAAUAAUUAUUUUAUUCUCCACUACACAAACAGAAUGUUUCCAGACCUCUGGCUCUGCUAACGCGGUAUUCUGUGACCUUAGCUGUUACGUACGUAUUUUAUCUGCUGAUAAUUCUGCCUCAAUUUAAAGUAAUAUAUCAAUAAUAAACUUGACAAAUACGAUAAAUAUGAUAUCAAGAGUUAAAAUAAACAGCUUAGUAAGGACCACCUCGAAUCUGAGGCUUUUAUCAACACACACUCAGGAGGUGGAGAAUGUUGGGCCUGUUGUUUUUCACAAGUUGGUGGGUGCUGACAGGGGUAUUGCAGUGUAUGGCCUCAACAGCCCUAAAGACAAGAACGCGCUCGGUUUUGAACUCGUGCAGUCUAUGAGGGAAGUAAAUGCACUGAUCAGGAAGGAUACUAAAAUAUCUGUAGUCAUUUUGCAUAGCCUGGUACGAGGAAUAUUUUGUGCAGGUGCAAAUUUAAAAGAAAGGUUCAAAAUGACAGAUGAUGAAGUGGCAAAUUUUGUUAGAGGUCUGAGAGAAACAUUUAUAGAGAUUGAGGACUUGCCCAUGCCAACCAUAGCGGCCAUUGAAGGUGUGGCAGUGGGUGGUGGGCUUGAACUGGCUCUAGCUUGUGAUAUAAGAGUAGCCGCAGAGAAUGCUAAACUGGGAUUGGUGGAGACGGGUCGGGGCCUGAUACCUGGUGCUGGUGGCACGCAGCGUCUGCCCAGAGUCAUCCAUCCCAAUAUAGCCAAGGAACUCAUAUUUACGUCCAGGAUUGUUAAUGGCAAAGAAGCCAAGGAAUUGGGUAUUGUGAAUCAUGCGGUCACUCAGAUCGAGACCAACAACGCCGCGUUCGAGAAGGCGGUGGAGUUGGCCCGGGAGAUCUUACCCAACGCGCCCAUUGCACUGCGCUGCGCCAAGCAAGCCAUCAACGAAGGAGUGCAGCUCAGCAUCAAGGAUGGCUAUGAAGUAGAACAAAAAUAUUAUGAAAUCAAUGUACCAACAAAAGACAGGCAAGAGGGAAUGUUGUCAUUCAUUGAGAAGAGAAAACCAAAAUAUGAGGGUCAUUGAUUGUAAAUUUUCUAUUGUUAAAUCAAGUAAUUGUUAGUCAUAUAUUUAAGCAAAAUACAGUGAAUAGUAUAGAAAACAAAA